CUGACGGAUUGAGCGUUGCAAGCAGUCACCCGGUUUGGGACGUGUAAAAAACGCUCAGUCAUUCAAAUCCAGUCUAGAAGGGAGGGGGAAGAGUUAUAAUUGGGGAAAGAGUGGUCAACGCGUUCGGCACCCAUUUGUCCCUCGGCAGCACCCUUACGAGAGCCCUGCGCGGCUGGGGUUGAGGCGUUGGCGUCGUAGGAGCCGGAGCCGGAGCCGGAGCCGGAGCCAGAGGGGCGGGGCGGGGUACCUUCCGUAGUGCUAUUGGCUCCGGGAGGCCGGUCCAAGUGCUAGUCCCGAGAAUGGAGAAGCGCCCAGAAGGCGGGCGGCAGUGGGUCGGCGAUGUGACCCGCCCACCUAAGUAGAAGCGUCCCUCUCCAGGAGAAGGAGGGUGCUCCUGAGAGAGGCAGGCGAAGGGGAAGAGGCUCUUCGUUUGCGGGCGGGAUGCACCAUGGCGUCGGUGAAGGUGGCUGUCAGGGUCAGGCCCAUAAACCGCAGUAGGUACUUACAGUCCUCUGAAUGCCUCUCUGAAGGAUUGGGGAGUUGUCCUUGCCAAUGGAGUCCUAGAGUGGUCUGAAUGCACAUGAGACCACCACCUUGCUGAAGGGAGAAGGAUUCGGAUGCUAAAUUUAUUAUUUCAAUGGAGAAAAAUAAAACAACAAUUACAAAUAUGAAGACUUUCUUCUUCUUUUUAGAUACCAGAGGGAGGAACUGGAGACAUGGGAAGAGAACGGACUAAAACAUUUACGUAUGACUUCUCUUACUUCUCAGCUGAUGCUAAAAGUCCAAACUAUGCAUCUCAGGAAAUGGUAUUUAAGAACCUUGGCAAUGAUGUCCUCAAAUCUGCUUUUGAAGGUUAUAAUGCUUGUAUUUUUGCAUAUGGACAGACUGGAUCGGGAAAGUCUUAUACUAUGAUGGGAAAUGCUGGAGAUGCUGGUUUAAUACCUCGGAUUUGUGAAGGUUUAUUCAACCGAAUAAAUGAAAAAACCAGAUGGAAUGAAGCCUCUUUUCGAACAGAGGUCAGUUACCUGGAAAUAUACAAUGAGCGUGUUAGAGAUUUAUUGAGGCGCAAGUCUUCAAAAACAAACAAUUUAAGAAUUCGUGAGCAUCCAAAAGAAGGUCCUUAUGUUGAAGACUUGUCUAAACACUUGGUACAAAAUUAUAGUGAUGUAGAAGAACUUAUGGAAGCAGGAAAUAUAAAUCGGACCACUGCUGCAACUGGAAUGAAUGAUGUCAGUAGUAGAUCCCAUGCCAUUUUCACAGUCAACUUCACUCAGGCUAAGUUUGAUGCUGAAAUGCCAUGCGAGACUGUUAGCAAAAUACAUUUGGUAGACCUUGCUGGAAGUGAGAGAGCAGAUGCCACUGGUGCUACAGGUGUUAGGUUAAAAGAAGGAGGAAAUAUUAACAAAUCCCUAGUUACCUUGGGAAAUGUAAUUUCUGCCUUAGCUGAUUUAUCUCAGGAUGCCUUAAACUCUCUUACAAAGAAGAAGCAAGUAUUUGUGCCUUAUAGGGAUUCUGUUUUGACAUGGCUUUUGAAAGAUAGUCUAGGAGGAAACUCUAAAACCAUAAUGAUUGCAACUGUUUCACCUGCCGAUGUCAAUUAUGGAGAAACUUUAAGCACCCUUCGCUAUGCAAACCGAGCUAAAAACAUAAUCAACAAGCCUACUGUUAAUGAGGAUCCAAACGUCAAGCUAAUACGUGAGCUUCGAGCUGAAAUAGCCCGACUGAAAACUCUGCUUGCUCAGGGGAAUCAGAUUGCACUUCUGGAUUCUCCAACAGCUCUAAGUAUGGAAGAAAAACUUCAGCAGAAUGAAGCAAGAGUGCAAGAGCUUACUAAAGAGUGGACCAACAAGUGGAAUGAAACCCAAAAUAUUCUAAAAGAGCAAACUUUAGCUCUGAGGAAAGAAGGAAUUGGUGUUGUACUAGAUUCUGAGCUGCCUCACCUAAUAGGCAUUGAUGAUGAUCUUCUGAGUACGGGUAUCAUUUUGUAUCACUUGAAGGAGGGUCAAACACAUGUUGGCAGAGAAGAUGCCGCAUCAGAACAGGAUAUUGUCCUUCAUGGCCUUGAUUUGGAAAGUGAGCACUGCAUAUUCGAACAUUUCAAUGGAACAGUUACUUUAAUACCACUCAGUGGAGCACAGUGUUCUGUAAAUGGAAUUCAGAUCACAGGGGCCACACAACUCAACCAAGGUGCUGUUAUAUUACUUGGAAGAACAAAUAUGUUUCGUUUCAAUCAUCCUAAGGAAGCAGCCAGACUGAGGGAAAAAAGAAAGAGUGGGCUGCUUUCUUCCUUCAGUUUGUCCAUGUCAGAUCUUUCAAAAUCUUGUGAAAACCUCUCAGCGGUUAUGCUGUAUAAUCCAGGCCUUUUCCCUGUAAAAGGACCAAUCUGUCUAAGAUUAGAAUUUGAGAGGCAGCAACGAGAGGAAGUCGAAAAAUUAGAAAGUAAAAGAAAGCUGAUAGAAGAAAUGGAGGAAAAACAAAAAUCUAACAAAGCUGAACUAGAAAGAAUGCAGCAAGAGGUGGAGUCUCAACGUAAGGAAACAGAAAUAGUUCAGUUGCAAAUCCGAAAACAAGAGGAGAAUCUGAAAAGGAGGAGCUUUCAUAUAGAAAGCAGGAUGAAAGACUUGCUAGCAGAAAAGGAAAAAUUUGAAGAAGAGAGAUUGCGUGAACAGCAAGAAAUAGAGCUUCAGAAAAAGAAACAAGAAGAAGAAAUUUUUGCUAGAGUUAAAGAAGAACUUCAGCGAUUACAAGAGCUCAAUCAAAAUGAAAAAGCGGAAAAAAUGCAGAUUUUCCGAGAACUGGAAAGACUUAAAAAGGAAAAAGAGGAACAAUAUAUCAAGUUAGAAUUAGAAAAAAAGAGGUUGGAGGAACAAGAAAGAGAUCAAGUGCUGCUGGUAGCAAACUUAGAAGAGCAACUUAGAGACAAGGAAAUCAUGAUACAGCUGUUCAAAAGAGGAGACGUGCAAAGGGUUGAAGAAGAGAAGAAGAACCUUGAAGACAUCCGAGAGUUCCUCUUGCGAGUCAAAGAAGCCAGAUCUGAAGGAGAUGAAGACUGUGAAGUGUUAGAAAAGGCUCAACAUAACUUUAUGGAUUUCAAGAGGAGACAGCUAGAACACCUGACUAGUUUAGAGAGAGACUUGGUUCAGCAAAGGGAUCAUCUAGAAAAGGAAGUAGCUGAUGAGCAUGAAAAUCUGGAUCUUUUGAAGUGUGCACAUGCCCAGCACUUAAAUCUUGAGAGAAAUGAUGAAAGCAUGUCAGAUGCUGCCCUAGCUGUUGAAGAAUGCAACAAAAUAAAAUCGUGUGAAUACAGGCUGCAGCAUAAAGAACGGCAGCUUCUGUAUCUGACAAAUAACCAUUUGCCAACUUUACUGGAAGAAAAGCAGAGAGCCUCUGAAGUAGUUGAUAGAGGCCUGCAAAACUUGGACAAUAUUCUUUAUGAAGUUGAGAAAGAAAUGGAAGAAAAAGAAGAACAUCUAGCACAGUAUAGGGCCAGUGCUAGCCAGCUACAGCAGCUUCAAGAAACAUUUGAAUUUACUGCCAAUGUAGCUCGUCAAGAAGAGAAAGUUCGGAAAAAGGAAAAAGAAAUUCUUGAAUCAAGGCAAAAGCAGCAAAGAGAGGCACUGGAGCAAGCAGUAGCUAAGCUAGAAAGACAACACUCUGCUUUGCAGCGUCAUUCCACCAUAGAAAUUGAAGAGCAAAGACAGAAACUUGCGACUUUGAACAGCAGUUGCAGUGAACAGGCUGGCCUGCAAGCUACUCUAGAGGCAGAACAAAAAGCCUUGGAAGAAGACAGAGAACAUUUGGACUUGCAAAUACAGCAGUUAAAGCAGAAGAUAUAUGAAGGUGAUGGAGUUGCAAAAGGAUCCUUAGGAGCUGUGGAGGAGAGAUUGUCUCAUAGCAGUUCGCCUUCUAACAUUACAAAAUCUCAAUCACAUUUUAUUCCAUUGGUUGACGACAGAAUAAAUGCCUUUAUUGAAGAAGAAGUACAAAGACGUCUUCAAAAUAUUCACUGUACAUCUGGAGAGAAUAAUAAUAGCCUGCUGCAUUCUACAGAACUUACAAAGAAUAAUGAAAAGUUUCAUAAUGGUACUGCUCAACGCAAGUUGAAGUAUGAGCGAAUGAUCUGUCGUUCUGUUAAAACAAGCCCAGAUGACCUAAAGAAUCCAGUUAAAAUUUGUAUUCCACGUUAUGUCCUUUGUGGACAGGGAAAGGAUGAGCACUAUGAAUAUGAAAUAAAGAUCUCAGUUCUAGAUGAGACAUGGACAGUAUUCAGGCGGUACAGUCGCUUUAGGGAAAUGCAUCAAACAUUAAAGUUAAAAUACCCAGAGCUGGCUAUGUUAGAAUUUCCUCCCAAGAAGCUCUUUGGAAACAAGGAUGACCGUGUCAUUGCAGAACGUCGGAAUCACUUAGAGAAAUACCUCAGAAAUUUCUUUGAUGCAAUGCUCAACUCUCCAUCAUCGCCACUGUGUGUAAAUAAAGAGGGCCUGACCUUGUCAAAAUAUGCUGUCUGUGAAUUCUCAUCAUUCUUCAAGAAAGGUGUGUUUGACUACAGCAGUCAUGGCACUGGUUAAACAUUGGGAGCCCCAUCUAAAGAAUACACUUUAUCUUGUCUUCCUUUCUGAUCCAUGAACUCAGCAAAAAGGUGGUUUGCAUCCCUGGAAAAUUUCCACCAGAACCAUUGGUGGUUGAAAACAACAUUUUUAACUGUUGUUCUGUCUAGUUCCCGAUUCAUUUUCUGGCACAGAAGUUUGCUACUUUGUGUUGCUUUGAGAAAUGAUGCACACCAUUGGAACCACUCAAUGCUUGGAACCACUCGAUGGCAGUUUGAUACAGCCUUCCAUUACAGCUUCCAAGUUGCUUUGAUUACACUUUUAGCAGGCAGACAAGCUAUUCUUAAGUAGGUUUCCUAUUAUGUUCCAUUUUUUAAAGACUGAAUUAAUGCCUUGUGUAUCUUCAGAACUGCACUUUAUCUAUUUGAUCAUGUCAUUUUCUUCCGCAUAUUACCUUAAAUUUGAAUGUUUACAGAAUAUAUUCUGCAGAGGACUUGUUAUUUUAAGUCUUCUGCACCUGAUUAUACUGAUGUAGAGUGAAUCAUUUACCAUUAAUUAAAAAGAAAAGGAAGCAACAGCUAUUGAAAAAAGUGAAGUCAGCUUCUUUUCACAUUUUCUAAUUAUAUGGAUUGUAACUGUACAUUAUGUAUUAUAUAGUGCUCAUGGCUAAGCAUUAAAGAAGUGCAGCAUGGAA